AUGAGUCACGAAACAAUCGCCCCGUUUAAUUUCUUUAAAGGGCACCCUACAGUUAGCAUACUCCCGACAAAGGAGAUUAUGGAGGCUACAAUAAGAAUUAUGAAGAGGUUCAAUAAGACCAUGGAUACGUAUGAUGAUUUUGUGAAUAGACAUCCGCUCGAUUAUGGAACAGAUCCAGGAAAUUUAGAGGUGCGUAAAUUGAUAGCAAAAUGGAACGAUAAAAACUUCAAUGUGGUUAGGCCAAGCAACCCAGACUGCAUUAAUUUGACAUCUGGGGCAUCUGCUGGAUUGAUGAAUCUCCUCUUGCAAUUAACCAGCCCUCAUCAUGGCUUGACUAGAAGAGCUUUUUUUAUUAGUCCUACGUAUUUCUUGAUUAAUUCAGUCUUUAUUGAUGCUGGCUUUGGCGGAAAGUUGAGUGCAGUGGUGGAACAGGCAGACGGCCAAGUUGAUGUUAAAAAAUUUGGGGAGAGACUCAACUAUUAUGACUCUCUUUUGCCGAAACCAAAAGCAAUCAUUUGCAAGGAAGAUAUACCUCAGAUAUAUGACCCGAGCAGACCAUUAAAGAAAAUCUUCAGGUAUGUUUUGUACGUUGUUCCCUCCUUUUCAAAUCCCAAGGGAAGUUCACUGACCGAUGAGACCAAAUUGGCCCUUAUAAAAUUGGCCAGAAAGCACGACAUGCUAAUUGUCUGUGAUGAUGUUUACGAUUUGCUUGAUUACAGGGAAGGUGCAAACCUCAAGCACAGCAAGAGGAUGGUGUAUUUGGACAGAGAGACACUUCCUGAAGGCGAGGAAUACGGAAAUGUAAUUUCUAAUGCCACGUUUUCAAAACUUUUGGGUCCUGGACUUCGUGCGGGAUAUCAAGAAUCAUCAACACCAAAGCUUGCAUAUCUCCUUUCGCAGGGAGGUGCCAAUAAAUCGGGAGGCACUCCUUCUCAGUUGAAUACCGUUAUCAUUGGUGAUUUGUUGAAAACGGGGGUUGUCGACAAAGUCAUUGCGGGUUUGAAUAAGGUGUACUCAGAGAGGGCAAAAGUACUGAAGCAAAGCAUCAAAAAAUAUCUUCCUGAUGGCACUAAAGCAUCCGCUUUUGAAGGAGGCUAUUUUGGCUGGGUGGAGUUGCCAGAAAGAUACGAUCUUAAGGAAAUUGCUGCUGAGUGUCUCAAGCGAGGUGUUGUUUUGGCAACUGGCGAUAAUUUUGAAGUUACCGGUGAUCCUCAGGGAUGGGGAAAGCAUUGUGUCCGUCUUUCACUUAGCUUUCUGUCCCCAGAUAAGAUUAAAGAAGGCAUCAAAAUUUGGGGCGAUGUCUGUAAGAACAGCGUUAAAGAUGCAUAA